UCCCCUGGCCCUUGCAGGAGGGCUCUGGAUACUCCCUCCACACCCUUGGCCAACUUCUCCCUGUGACCAUGUCUCAGCAGCCUCUGCAUGUGAAGACCCCCAUCAGGGACAGCAUGGCGCUGUCCAAGGUGGCAGGCACCACCGUUUACCUCAAGAUGGACAGCGCUCAGCCUUCAGGGUCAUUUAAGAUCCGGGGUAUUGGACACCUGUGCAAGACGUGGGCUGAGAGGGGCUGUGACCAUUUUGUCUGCUCCUCAGCGGGCAAUGCCGGCAUGGCCGCGGCCUACGCUGCCAGGAAGCUGGGCAUCCCUGCCACCAUCGUUGUGCCUAACACUACGCCUCCCCUCACCAUCCAGAAGCUCAAGGCUGAGGGUGCCAUGGUCAAGGUCGUAGGUGAGACGCUGGACGAGGCAGUCAAAUUGGCGAAAGAUCUUGCCAAGAACAACCCAGGCUGGAUCUACAUUCCUCCCUACGACGACCCCCUCAUCUGGGAAGGCCACACUACCAUUGUGAAGGAGCUGAAAGAGAACCUUCCCGUGAAGCCAGGGGCCAUCGCCCUGUCCGUAGGUGGUGGCGGCCUCCUGUGUGGCGUGGUGCAGGGCCUGGUGGAGGUGGGCUGGAAGGACGUGCCCAUCAUGGCAAUGGAGACCCACGGGGCCCACAGUUUCAAUGCAGCCAUCAAAGCUGGCAAGCUGGUCACACUUCCCAAGAUUACCAGUGUGGCUAAAGCCCUCGGGGUGAACACCGUUGGGGCUCAGGCCCUGAAGCUGGCCCAGGAAUACCCCAUCUUCUCUGAAGUCAUCACGGACCAAGAGGCAGUUGAAGCUAUUGAGAAGUUUGUGGAUCACGAGAAGAUCCUGGUGGAGCCGGCAUGCGGGGCGGCUCUGGCAGCUAUCUACAGUGGUGCUGUACAAAAGCUACAGGGCGAGGGGAAGCUCCCGGCCGAGCUGUCCAAUGUGGUGGUCAUCGUGUGUGGUGGGAGCAAUAUCAGCUUGGCUCAGCUCCAAGGGCUUAAAGAGCAGCUGGGAAUGAAAACCAGCUGAGCCCACUCCCACCGACCUCCUCCGGCGUGGGGCUGGAGUUUUAUCCAGCGCCUUAUUUUAUGAUUAUUAUUACUGCUGUUCUGUUGUUGUUGUUGGAGGGUAGCCACCCGUGGGGCAGGAAGAGGCAGACCUCUUUCUGGUAGGGGGGCCAGGGCUGGGGAGAGGGCCUCCAGCCACUUGUGAACUCCUGGCUUUACAGGGGGAAAAGGGGAACCCUGGCCCUAUUCUGAGACUCCUACUUAGCCCCACUUUAAUCCACCCCUUCCACCGGCCCCACAGAAACCUGGGAAGCCCAGGAAUUGAGAGCUGAGCCAGACGGGAGGGAGUGGAGGAGAUGGGUCAUGGGACUUUCACUCGGUGCCCCCAUCUCUGUCUCUGAUUAGAAGAGGGGCCUAAAGGUCAAAAGAGAAGGAUCAAGGCUGGACAGGGGAGCGAGGAGCAUCUAAGUUUCUUCUCCACAGCCCACCCUCCACCUUGGUUACCUUCUCCAGGGUUGGGGAGUCUAGACCAGACCCUACUCAUUUUUCUAACGUCCAAACUUUUUCACUGAAAAAAAAACCAACCAAUUAAACAUCUAUUUAUGAAAGGUGA